GGGGAGGAGCCCCUAUAUCCACAUGUAAACACAGUUAAUCUUUAUCUAUUAAUCGGUCCACUUUAAACCCUCACAACUCGCAGAGUUUAAGACUGAACUGGUCUCUACUGAUUCUUGUGUUUUAACCGAGAUUUCGCCGGUUGUAUGAUUUGUAAUUUGAGGGUUUAGCGCUCCUGAUAUCGUUAGCUUAAGAUCAUUUCUGUCGACACCGCCCAAAAGAAUGGCCCUAUUCCACUGAGAAGAUCCCGCCCCCCAGCCAGGCGGCAGACGCUAUUGGCUGAUUGGGGCAGGAGGACGAGUCUGAUUGGCCAGUGGCGCUGCCACUCGAGCACAACUCGAAAGAAUACGAGGAAGUGAAGCAGGUUUACCGUUGAUUUACAACAAACAGCGGCGGGACAGAGAGACAGAAACAUGUCUGGAGAGACGCGUUCAGGAUUAUUGAGGUCUCGGUGAUUCCUCCAGUUACAAUUAAAGAUGUCGUCCAGCGAGGUGAAGAAAGCUGAAGAGGCGAACCGGGGUCCGGUGUGUGACUCUGUGGGCGCCGGCAGCAAGACUGGGUGCGACAGUGAAAGUGUCAAGAGCAUCCAGGUUCCUGUGGGAGAACUUCAUGCUCAGCCUCCCAGUGAUGCGACCACGGGUUCAGACGCGAACACUGUGGCGGCAAAGAACUUGGCCUUUCUCAAGGCCCACUCCCUAGAUGUGAAGUUUGAAGUUGGAGAAGAAUAUGACAUCAUUGAGACCAUCGGCACUGGUGCAUAUGGUGUCGUUUCUUCUGCCAGGAGGCGAGACAAUGGCCAGCAGGUGGCGAUAAAAAAGAUUCCUAACGCUUUUGAGGUGGUUACGAAUGCCAAGCGAACGCUCCGAGAGCUCAAGAUUCUGAAACACUUCAAACACGACAACAUCAUCGCGAUUAAGGAUAUUCUUCAGCCUGCUGUACCGCAUUCAGCCUUCAAGUCUGUUUAUGUAGUUCUUGACCUAAUGGAGAGCGACCUACACCAGAUCAUCCACUCAAGGCAACCUCUGACGCCAGAGCACACGCGCUACUUCCUGUACCAGCUGCUGCGAGGCUUGAAGUACAUCCACUCGGCCAACGUGAUCCACCGUGACCUCAAGCCCUCCAACCUGCUGGUGAAUGAGAACUGCGAGCUGAAGAUCGGAGACUUCGGCAUGGCCCGGGGUCUAAGCGCGGCGCACCCAGACGAGUCACGCUCUUUUAUGACUGAGUACGUUGCCACCCGCUGGUACCGUGCCCCUGAACUCAUGCUGUCGCUCCACCACUACAGCCUGGCCAUCGACCUCUGGUCUGUGGGCUGCAUCUUCGCGGAGAUGCUGGGCAGGAAGCAGCUCUUCCCUGGCAAACACUACGUUCAUCAGCUGCAGCUGAUCCUGUCUGUUCUGGGCACGCCACCUGAGAGCAUCAUAAGGGCUAUUGGAGCAGAUAGGGUGCGUUCGUUCGUCCAGAGUUUACCGUCAAGAGCUGCAGUGCCUCUUUCCAGACUUUACCCACAGGCUGAACCGGCAGCCCUGGACCUGCUGGCCGCCAUGCUACGUUUUGACCCUCGUGAGAGGAUCAGUGUGUGCCAGGCCCUGGACCACCCUUACCUAUCCAAGUACCACGACUCUGAUGAUGAGCCUGUGUGCGUUCCAGCCUUCGACUUCGAAUUUGACCGGCAGCCCAUGGGCCGGGAGCAGAUCAAAGAGGCCAUUCUUACUGAAAUUCAGGACUUCCACCAGAAGAAACAGGCCAACAGGAAAAAGAUUCAGUUCAAGCCACUGCAGAGGCCCAGCAGCAGUGCCAGUUUGAGUCCAUCAGUGGGUGCAAUGACUAAUAACACCCUUUCAGCAGUGCCACACAGCCAAACUCUACCAAACACUACACAUACACAGCAGCAGAAACAACAGAGUCGACCUCUAGCAGCCUCAACACAGACAUUAACCAAUACAGUCCCUCUCCCUCAUAUUCUGCCACCCUUGACCCAGACAGGAAGCUGUCAGGACGUUGACAUGCCCAGUGCCAACUCUGACGGCCAACCAGAAACCAUAGACCUCACCACUCCCACUUCGAGCCAAGGCACGCCCCCCUGCGAGACAAUGAAAGAGUGUGUAAAGACAGAGGAGCCUUCCUCAUCAGACCAUGCUCCUCCUGCACCAACCGUACACCCGCUCCCACAAUUAGCCCCUACGUCCCUCCCCUCCAGCCUCUCUCAGUCCGGACCCUCUCUGUCCCUUUCUCAAUCUCAAGCCCAGUCUCUCUCCCAGUCACUCUCGCGCUCACUCGUAAAAGCGGCGAAAGCGACGACCGGUGAGAUCACCCGAAAAGAAGGAGCAAUCUCAGAUGACACCAAAGCGGCUCUGAAGGCAGCCCUGCUUAAGUCAGCUUUAAGACAAAAAGCACGAGAUGGGGGUACAGCAGCCCUGGGUAUUGACCUAGGUGGAGGUUUUGGAGUCUCAUCUUCCUUGAUUUCCUCCUCCUCCGCCCCAGAGCACAGGAGGCCUGUUACUGCACAGGAGAGACAACGAGAGCGUGAGGAGAAGCGGAGGAAGCGCCAGGAGAGGGCGAUGGAGAGGAAGAGGAAACUUAAGGAGAAGGAGAAAAAGGAGACCAAACAAGGAGAGUCGUUGGGUGGAGUCUUGCUGAGCGACAAUGAUAAGAAGUUGCUUGAGCGCUGGGGACGAAUGGUGGACGGCCGAGUGGAGAAAUCCCAGGUUGCUGACGGUAACUCUGCAAAGACGGGCGAUAAAAAGACUUGUCAGAUGCAGGCGGCCGCAGGAAAAGGCCUGAUGCAGAUGUCCUCAGACAUGGGAGAAUCUGCCAUGCCAGCCAAUCAACCGAACGAGCUACCAGCCUUUAAACCACCACAACAGAUAGUGCCUCAGAUUGGACAGUGCGUGGCAUCUGCCAUAUUCCACCCACCUACCACUUUCAAUUCCCUGCCUCUCUCCCUGGGGUCAACUCAGAAUGGAGACAUUGGAAUGCUAGCAGUUGGUGGAGGUAGAGGUGUGGUUGAUGGAGGUGGAGCUUUGAACAUGGUUGGAAGAGGGACAGUUGGUGUAGUGGCAACCCCAUGUGCCUUCGGCAAAAGCGACAUGUUAAAAUCCCAAACUCAAGCUCAGAAUCCGUUCCUUAAGGGUGGACCUGUAUUCACGUCCCUGGAGAACUGGGCAGGAGCCCAGGCCACUGUGGUAACAUCUCAGCACCAGCAGCCACAGGUCCAGCCCUCCUCUCCACUGCUGAACUUCCCUCAAACCCAACCUGUACAGCACCCCCAACAAACCCACACCCAAACACCUGCCCACAACCCGCCCAUCAAGCUCCUGCCGUCAGACACCUUCAUCACCAAGCCUCCCUCCCUAACCCCCAAUGGAACGACCGCAAGGGUCGGUAUUCAGGACGCCAACACGCCUCUCCAAAACCAGGACCCAGCAGGUGCUCCUCAGUCACUGGACAAGCUCUGUUCUGUUCUGGCCAAGCAGCAGAAUGGUGCUAAUUCACAGGGGCCUUCACACGGGCUGCCUGGAACAUCUACCCAGCCCUGCUUGAGUCUCUCAGACACGGGUCCUCUAGGAACCAGCAGGGUGCCGGACAUCCAUACAGUCACACUACAACUCUCCAAAUCACAGGUUGAGGAUAUUCUGCCUCCAGUUUUCUCAGUGACCCCUAAAGGCAGCGGGGCAGGUUACGGGGUGGGCUUUGACCUCGACGACCUUCUCACUCAGUCUCUCACUGACUUCCAGCACUCAGACCUCAGGGAAAGUCACCACGACUCAGCUCCCCUCUCAGCAUCCUUGCUCUCGGAUUGGCUGGAUGUCCACAGCAUGACCCCAGCCGACCUGGAAUCACUUCAGCAGGAGCUCCAGCUCGGAUCUCCAAUGAUCCUCUCUGAUAACUCCACACUUCCUGAAACUUGAUCACAGCAUUAACCCCUCCCACUCCCACUCCAUCAACUUCCACUUCUCCAUGGGGAGCUCUACUGGAGAGAACUGAAGAGACGUAGUAGUGUCAUCUCUGGCAGUGUGUAGAUUUCCAGCAGUCUGUAGAGUAGGAAUUUUGAUUUCUUAAACAGCACCUUAUGUUCUGCUCGAGCUCAUGUAACUGUACAGCCUCAGAAAGUGCCAACUGAACUGCAAACACAGUCUGAUGACAUGACAUGUUGACAGGGGCAUGCAAGCAUCUCUGCUGUCUGUGGCAUGCUGUGGUUUUGGCUUGUCUUUGCCACGUGUUCAUACUGUAUUUGUGUAUCUGGUUUAUUGGAGGUCUUGCUUCCUCUGCCCUCAAGUGUCUGAGAGUAAGAGGUUAAAUUGGUUGUGGUGCUUUUUCCUGACUGUGUGCUACCAAUCAUGUCCAAUUGUGGAGAAAACCAGAUCUUUGCUAGCAUUUUGGUGCUCAUUUGAUAAAUGCCAGUUUACCCCAGGUACGAAAACAAAGCUCAAUAGUAUAAUAUUUCCCUUUCCCUUUCUCACGUUCAACUAGUGGUGUAACGGAUCACAAAUCUCACAGAUCGGACCAGAAGUUCACAUUACAAACCACGUUGCUCAAAUCCGAUUUUUGCUCAGAUCAGAUUUGUCUAUCUUGACAGUUCACAUUCACUGUAAAUAUAAGUGAGCUGUAUCUGUGCGUAAUGUGAACGAAUCUGUCCCUGAAACGCUUCACAUGCUGCACAUUAAUACCUGUACAAACGUCUCCUUCACCAACAACUACAGGCUUUUUACUGGCUUCUCAGUAACUGACUGAAUGAGCUGUUCUCACAGAUUGAAGCAGAAUUAAUCUGUGACCUUUUUCUUCUUUAGUUCUUUAGUUCAGAAAUCAAUAUUUGGUGGAAUAGCCCUGGUUUUUAGUCACAGUUUUUUUAUGCAUCUUGGCAUCAUGUUCUCCUCCACCAGUCUUACACACUGCUUUUGAAUAACUUUAUGCUGCUUUACUCCUGGUGCAAAAAUUCAAGCAGUUCAGUUUGGUUUGAUGGCUUGUGAUCAUCCAUCUUCCUCUUGAUUAUAUUCCAGAGGUUUUCAAUUUGGUAAAAUCAAACUCCCAUGAACAAAAUUAUACAAACUAUUUAUUUUGUGUUUUUGUUUUUUUACCAACUGAUCUGCAGGUUUGGUGGUUAUCAACCUGUGACGAGUGAUCCUGUUACACCCCUCGGUUGAAAAUUAAUAUCUCAGCUUCUCAUUUCAAAUUUUGACUGUGCCAAAACCUUCGUUGUGAGUUUUUGAAGCUAGGGUCUGACCACAAGCUCUGAGGACUUUACAGCUGAGAGAACUGACUGAAUUUUAUUAGGAAAUGUUUUAUGUCUCGCUUUGUAGCACUGUAUCAUGACUAGCAUGCUUGCUUGCGGCUAACGUGUUGUUAACUUAGGGCUAGCAUUAGCUUGUGGCUAGCGCAUUAGAUCAGUACACUAUAAAGCACAUGAUCCAUUUCCAUCCAAAUAUUUUUUAUUUUUUUUUACUUUUUAAAACAUUUUAUUUCCAGUGUGGUCAGAGCCAGGUCUUAACUGCUAGCUGGAACUCCCCAUCACACAAUGCUACCAGCACUGGGAGGGUAAAGGCUAGCCGGAUCUUUCUCCUUUUCUUUUCAGAAUGUUUUGAGCCGUUUGAGCUAUGCGCUAUUAGAGAACCAAAUGCUAAAUGCUAAUUUUGUUACCAGCUACCAGCUUGCUUGGAUUCCAGGCUAGGAAUGGCUGUGGCAAAAACUGAGUUUGAACACACAACCACCUGAUAAUUGGACUCAAUGAUUUUUAUUUAUUUUACACAUUGUUUCACCUGCAAAAACACCUAAUACAGCUCUGGAAAAAAUUAAAAAGACCAUUUCAGUUUCUGAAUCAGUUUCUCUGAUUUUGCUAUUUAUGAGUAUAUGUUUGAGUAAAAUAAACACUGCUGUUUUUUAUAUAAACUACGGACAAAAUUUCUCCCAAAUUCCAAAUAAAAUAUUGUCAUUUAGAGCAUUUUAUUUGCAGAAAAUGAGAAAUGGCUGAAAUAAUCACAGUUUUUAAUCACAGUUUUCAUGCAUCUUGGCAUCAUGUUCUCCUCCACCAGUCUUACACACUGCUUUUGGAUAACUUUAUGCCUUUACUCCUGGUGCAAAAAUUAAAGCAGUUAAAUUUUGUAUUUAGUAAAAUCAAAGAAACUCAUAAUAUUUAAGUGUUCUCUCAUUUUAUUUAGAGCUGUAUCCAAAUACGGUUGAGUUUCUAGAAACUUCUAGAAACAGAUUUGUUAAUUAAUGCAUUUUUGCCAUCAUUUCUCUUUAUUUAAGAGAAGUUUUAGCAACCCUUUUAUGGCUGUGUUCUGUUUUCAGGAGGUUGUGAGUUUAAAUCCCACUGAUUAAAUUACUGUAUGAAGUUGUGGAUGUACGGUUAUCAGUAUGUCGUUGGUAUAUCACUAAAGCUCCUCCUGAAACCGUGUCCAGACAUUCAGACACGAACAAUGAGCUCAAAAAUGGACUUUUUUGUGCAUCGAGUGUCAUAUCACACACUGCAUCAGUGCCAGGAACUGCAGAAGAACCACAGACUCUUAUAAACCUCUGCCCCAGCCCCUCAACCACUGUGAAACCACCACAGCCCAGCGACCCCUCGACUGCCUGCUGACGCCUGAGUGCAGUAUUUAGUACAGUCCAGAGGAACAGAGGGGAGAUUCAGAUGACACUUCAUGAAUACCUUGUAGGAACUUACAUUUGGAUUAAGAAUUUUUCACCAGCACCACAAAGAACAUGAUUAAAAUGAAGAAACCAGUUUAAA